AUGUGCGUGGAGAGUGCUGGGUGUGAAAUCGAAGGCUGCAGUAGUUCGGACGAGGUGCAGACGCUGUCUGGAAGCUUGAGCCCCGGCUUGAAAUCCAACUCCGAUCCUCACCCGUACAAGACCGGGCAGAAGUUCAGGGCUGCCUUGCUGCGGUGCAGGUCGCCCGUCGCCGCCGCCGGGAUACUCAGCAUUGGGAAUGUGUUGAAUUACAUGGACAGAUACACAGUAGCAGGUGUGCUGCUUGACAUCCAGCAACAUUUUGGAGUCAGUGACAGUGGAGCCGGCUUGUUGCAGACAGUCUUCAUCUGCAGCUUCAUGGUGGCCGCCCCCAUCUUUGGUUACCUUGGCGACCGCUUCAACAGGAAGGUCAUACUGGGCUGCGGGAUCUUCUUCUGGUCGGCCGUCACUCUCUCCAGCUCAUUCAUCACGAAAGAGUACUACUGGCUGUUCGUGCUCUCCAGGGGGCUAGUGGGUAUCGGGGAAUCCAGCUACUCAUCCAUCUCGCCCACCAUCAUCGGAGACCUCUUCACCAACAACACCAGAACCAUGAUGCUCUCUGUCUUCUACUUCGCCAUCCCUCUGGGCAGUGGGCUGGGCUACAUCCUGGGCUCGAGUGCUAAGCAUGCAGCUGGGGACUGGCACUGGGCAUUGAGGGUGUCUCCAGUGCUGGGGAUGACAGCUGGGACCCUCAUCUUCCUCUUCGUCCCGGAGCCCAAGCGGGGCAGCGCAGACCAGCUCGGGGGGAGGCUGAAGGCCAGGACGCCCUGGAUCUGUGACAUGAGAGCGCUGGCUAAAAACCGCAGCUACGUGUUCUCCUCCCUGGCGUCCGCAGCGGUGUCCUUCGCUACGGGAGCCUUUGGCAUGUGGAUCCCUCUGUACCUGUUCAGAGCUCAGGUGGUGCAGAAGAGUGUGGUGCCCUGCGACCAGGAGCCCUGCAGCAUCAAGGACAGUCUGAUCUUCGGAGUGAUCACCUGUGUGACGGGGUUCCUGGGGGUGAUUAUCGGGGCGGCCGCCACGCGCCUCUGUCGGCUCAAGACGGAACGCGCGGAUCCCCUGGUGUGUGCCGUCAGCAUGCUGGGCUCUGCCAUCUUCAUCUGCCUCAUCUUCGUCGCUGCGAAGAAGAGCAUCGUGGGCGCUUACAUUUGUAUAUUUAUUGGUGAAACGCUGCUCUUCUUAAACUGGGCCAUAACGGCGGAUAUUUUAAUGUAUGUCGUGAUCCCGACUCGCCGUGCCACUGCCGUGGCUCUGCAGAGUUUCACCUCUCACGCCCUGGGAGACGCAGGCAGCCCCUACCUGAUUGGACUGAUCUCGGACGCCAUUCAGCAGAGCUACACAGAGUCGAUCCUGUGGCAGUUCCUGAGCCUGGGGUACGCUCUCAUGCUGUGCCCCUUCGUCAUCGUCUUGGGAGGGAUGUUCUUCCUGGCUACAGCCCUCUUCUUCCUAGAUGACCGGGACAAGGCAGAAAAACAGUUGAACCAGCUGACAUUGUCACCGUCUUCUGUGAAGGUCUGAAAAGCCCUCAAAGUGGGGAGAUCAGCUGGGACCACUCCAGAUUUCUAAAUCCUCCAAAAAGACACAACAAACUCUGCAGCUUUAAAAAAAAAAAAAAAAAAACCCAGAUGGGACGCUGCACUUCAAGUCAAGGAACAUCACACUUAUCCAAAGAUUCCUCCCGAUUACUGUGCACUCCUUCUCUCAUUCCCGAGUGCAACGGACCUUCAGCAGCAACCCAAGUGAAGAAUAGAAUUCAGAAACAAUCAAAAUGAGUAAUACAGUACUACUGAAGGAGGUGUGGUGCCCUUGUGCCAUCCUACACACUGUGAUGAGUGACUUUAUCAAAGCAGCUGAACAAGAACGCACCAAGAGACCAAGAUCAAAGACCAGUAAGGACUCACAAAACGGACACUAGAGAUACAACAGUGAUAGACUUAAUCGUUGUCCUGGGCGAUCUGCAGAUUAAACCCUUUCUUCACAGAACAGCCGCUGGAGAAUGAGCCCUUCCAUUGAAGGUCACUUGUGCGUGGCUGCAUCACAGAGCCAUCGCUGUGGGCCGCUCUGUACAGACCAAACCCACUGCUCGUGUUCCUGACUAUACAGCCGAGGUGGAGGAUAGCGAACUCUGGGGUUUGAGUGGUUCAUGUGACCGUAGGGUCUCCAAAGAACCCCGCAAGGUGUCUUUGCUAUGCACAGCUGUAGUGGAUUAUCACACUGUGAUUGGCUACGAUAAGCAGCAGUAACAAUCCUGGCACCAUCACACUGCAGCCAUUGGGUAUUGGUUCAUAGUGUUGCCACUGUGGUAUCAUUUUACCAAUGGCUCAUACCACUGCAGAUAUCAUUAUGUUUGCAUUGCCUAUUAAUCAUUUGAAAAGUAAUGGCAUGGUAAACACCAGAGGAACCAAUCAAAACCACCGAGCUGUGCCUCGGUUCGUGAGUUCCCGAUCCUGGUUGGUCAUAAAUCGAGGAGAUGGGCGGGGUUUAAACGAGUCUGUACGCUCCACGUUGAACCAGCUUGCCUAUUAUAAGCACUGUUUUUCUCUUUGAUUAAUAAGCUAACACAUGUAUAUUACUGAGUCCAGUAGCCCCGUCCCAUUGCUUUCUUUUCUGUACAAAAAAAAAACUAACAAAAAAAAACGCACUUUAAGUUUCCAACGAAAAAAUUAUUGCCUGAACUGAGCAGCCGUUCGGUCCAAGAGUUUACGUCACUGCAGUUAUGUUUCAAGCUUCUUUUGUGAUUGUUUAGUGGACGUUUUUAAAGAUAUGAGUUUAUAUAUUAUGCAGCCUUUUUUAAAUAUUGUAUAUUAUAACCUAUAGUUGUAUAGAAAUGUAUAUAUAUAAUAUUGUAAUGAUUAAGAACCCUGGUAAGAGAAGAUCGAUUCUGGGCCUCUUUCAUUUGGGUGUGCGAUCAAAAGCAGUUGGUUCGUUUACAGUGAGAUGUGUGAGAUCCCGAACAGUUUGGGUUAACAGGCUGUUCCAAAUGAAACGAACCGAGGCCGAUGCAAAAGCACGUUUUGAAUAUUUUUUAGGGUGUCGUCCAUUUUUUUUCAGCAAAGGAACCAACCUCAUCCCUUUCAAAGUUUUGUACCAAAUCCGCUUGGGUCAGAAAAGAACCGUUUGUGAAGGAACCUAUAUUUAAAAAAAAAAAAAAAAAAACCAUUAGACCCAUUUUUCUCUCAAGUGAAAAACCCUGGGAUGCAUUCUGGCUGAGAAGGAAGGCAGCAUUGGCUCAGGCAAAAAUAUCUGUGCUGCUGAGUUCCAACACUGCUGUAGCCAUAGCAUUAUCUGUAUAUGUACGCUGUGUAAUGGGAUUAUAAUGGUGCUGUCAUUGAAUUAUUAUUAUUGUUAUUAUUUAUUUGUUAAUUCCUUUUAAUCUCCAGUGCAGUAACUAAUGCUUUCAAACUAGAAGUCAGUGCCUGUGAGGGGUAAUUUGAUCACAUAAAAAAAAAAAAAAAACACAAUUACCACAACAUGAACAGGCUCUUUAUUCUCUCAAUUAAGAUGCCAGUCUCUGAUGUGAACGAUACAUUCCUCUUCACCAGUUUGGCAUAAUAGUCUUUAACAAAAUACAGUUCUAUUUGCAAAAGCAGCUUCCUCAAUGAACUGCUUCAGUUACAAAUAUAUUUCCGCUGGGGUGGCUGCAGUGCCUUUCUUGUCUAGUCUGUCUUUUUUUCUGCAAGCAGGGAGAUCGGCUUGCUCCGAAAUCUUCCCUGCAGGAAAUGCAGAGUGCUUGCCAGAUACAGUGCGCUCAGAGCUAGGCAGCAUUUCGUUAUGGGUUAAUAGAAGGACAACUGGACUGGCUUGGGGAAUAGACCAGGCUCUCGGCGAUGUCUGAGGGGGGCAGUAUUAUUCUGUACACGAUCUUGAUGGAUUUCUUUCAUGCCGUUUCAAUUGAAAACUGAUGCUCAUUUUCCUGGUAGCAUUCUGCAUUUUUUACAUAGAAGGCGAUGUUGUUUCUAUUAGAAGCAUGGCACCUGCUGUCUAAUUUCCAGCUAUACUAAGGCUGACCGACAGAUAGCACUUGUUACAAGAUACACAGCGCUGAAGCUGCAGCAUACAGUAACUAAAACCUGGGCUUUUAAUAGGAAUGCUUGACAUGCAGUAAUAGUAGCAUCUCCCGUCAGCCACACCAUGUGCCUGUCUCCCAGAUGUUGAUUUGACUUGAAAUUGGAGAAAGACUGUUUAUAAUAAAGACCUGUCAUUCCAGAACAUUACAGAUCAUUAGCAAUGCGUUGGUCUAGCAUUGCCAUGGGUUGCUCAGAUACAGAAAAAAGUGAGAUAGACAGUUUUGCUUCCAAUCUCAUCGUUUAUCAUUAGAUGUAGAAAAGGGAAAUUCGAUUGGCUUUGCGCGCUGAACAAAUUUUAAGUUUUUUUUUUUUUUUUUUUUUUUUUAAAUAAAAUUGAGAACUGAAUUUGCCAUCUAUUUUUAAUCAGAGUGCCGUCUCAAAAGUAGAAAUCCUAAACUUGGUGAUGUAUCAGCGGAGAUCAAAAUUGGAAUACAGCUGGUACCUACAGAAACAUUACAUUAUGAAAAUAAUUAAGUGUUGCUUCACCCUAGCUUGCACAAAAAACAAAAUUUGUAUUGCAUCGUUGCAUGAUCUGGAUCAACAUUAAAAAGUGUUGCAGAAUGACCCGUUCUGCAAGUCGUAGAGAUUCUGCUUCAUGCCUGCCUGUUUCUCAAAGCUUGAAACCACCCUCUAGGUAUCUAGCUUUUCAUAACUCUUUUUU